GUUUCAACCGUGACAAAUUUCUAGAAUGACGAUGAGAUGAGUAGUAUGAUGCCAGGAAAAAAAAAUUUUAUUUCACUACGAAACGAUAAUGGUACUAAAGUUCAGUGUCAAAAACGUCUAGUGCUUUGUAAUUUAAAAGAGUUGCACAAAACCUUCAAGUCAAGAUAUCCAGAAAUCAAAAUUGGAUUUUCAUCUUUUGCAUCUCUACGUCCGAAGUAUUGUAUUUUAGCUGGUGGUUGUGGCACUCAUACAGUUUGUGUUUGCUCCAUUCAUCAAAAUAUAAAAUUGAUGAUCUUAGGCGGCAACUUUUCACGUUUAACUGAAGGCACGGAUUUAUCAUUAGAAUCCUACAAUGAUUGUUUGAGUUCUAUUGUAUGUCAAGAACCAUCAGCUAAGUGUUUUCUUAACAAUUGUUCUCAAUGUCCAGGCGUCGAAAAAGUGAAAGGACAUCUGUUAAAUUUGAUGGAAGAUAAUGAAAUUGAUGAAAUCAAUUAUAAACAAUGGGUCUCUACUCCACGAGUAACUCUUGAAAGGACAAUCAAGAACACAAAUCAUUUUGUUGAUGAUUUCGGUGAAAAAUUGAAGGCUCUUUUACCACACAAUUUCAUCGCCAAAGAUCAAGCAGCAUACUUGAGACAAGUGAAAUAAUGUUUAAAAGAAGAUGAAUUCAUAGUCAUAGUUGACUUUGCCGAAAACUAUUCGUUCGUGGUUCAAGAUGCUGCUUUGUCAUCUGGAGUUCGUAAAAUUUUUUUCUUCUCGGAUGGCGCGCCACAACAGUAUAAAAAUUUCAAACAUUUUUUUAAUUUAUCUCAUUACAAUGAAGAAUUCGAAAUAAACUUAGAGUGGAAUUUUUUCGCUACGGCACAUGGUAAAGGUCCAUGUGAUGGAAUAGGUGGUACUUUGAAACGAAUGGCUGCACGUGCUAGCCUACAAUUGCCACCUCAUCUACAAAUUCUAACACCAUCACAAUUAUUUGAGUGGGCUUUGAAAAAUUUACCAAAUAUUAAUAUAAGAUUUUCAAAUGCUGAAGAAUACAAGUCCAUGAAAGAGAAAUUAGAGGAACGCUUCAAAAAUGCUAAACCGAUACCAGCGACACAAAAAAUUCAUCAAAUUACACCAUUAUUGAAUUUUUUUGUAAUAGUUAAGUCUUUUUCUUCAUCGGAACAAUCCACACAACACAGUACAGUUAAGAAACCAAGAAAACCAUCGUUAAAUCGAGGAAAAUAAUUAUAAUAUUUAAAUUUUUAACAUUGUAACAACGAUACUUUAAUAAAAUAACUCAA